CAGUGCACACACGGCGAACAGUGUAUUUUCCUACGUGUCGCGCGCCGGCGGUACGCGUGGACGAUCGGCAGCGGUUGUGUAAAAAAAAAAAUUAUUUAUUUAUCGAACAAAAUUAUUACUGUACGGACAUUUUUCUCGGGGUUGUUUUUCCGUCUCUCGGUUAGCGAUUGCCGGCUUUCGACGGACGUGGAAUGUGUACUUGGCCGAGUCGUCGCCACUGCCAUCGUCGGGCCACGGUGACCCAACGGCGGUCCGGCGGUUGCUGUACGGUCAUCUCGGCCGCGGCUGUACCGUCGUGGCAGUUGUUGAAUAAUGAUAAAUUAUAAUAUUUGCCAUCCGCAAUCAAUUUGGCAACGCGUUUUUCACAUUGUUAAACACAGUGCAAUAGUAUUAGAAUAAUAUAUUAUUCCAGCGUGAAACGAAUAAAUCCGCUAGUCGAUAUAGUUAUUUAUACGCAUAAUAAAAUAUGUUUUAAUUAAUAAAUUCUAAUAAACGGAGAGAAAAAUACAAAUUUUAUGGCUUAAAAUAAGUAAUAUUAUAAUAGUUGUUUUGCGACAUUCCACCAGACGACGUUUUUCCGUCCGAAUACGUGACAAUCGCGGAUAGUCCGUCAUCAUGCUUCCCUGUUUUUGGAAUUUUUGGUCCUGGAUCGACCCAAAGACGUCGUCAUCGAGUUCCACAGUCGGCACCAUGGCUACUUUAAAAAAGAACUCUGUUGUGGUGACUCAGCCUAUGAGAAGAGUAAUGAUUGGAUCUAGCCCACUAAAAUCACCUCACAUUAAAAGGCCACCAUCGGCUCCUGUUACAUUACAAGGAUGGCUUUAUAAACAAGGAAGCGAAGGUCUAAUGUUAUGGAAGAAACGAUGGUUUGUUUUGUCCGAAUUUUGUCUUUUCUACUACAAAAAUGACGAAGAAGAAAAACUACUCGGUUCAAUAUUGUUACCAUCGUAUAAGAUAUCUCCUUGCUGUCCAUCGGAAGACAAAGUGUAUAGGAAAUUUAGUUUCAAAGCUGAACAUGAUAACAUGAGGACGUAUUAUUUUGCAGCAGAUACGAGGGAACUCAUGGUUCAAUGGAUGAAUGCUUUAAGUUUAGCGUCGAUUCUUCAGCAAACUAACGGAUAUUCUGAACGAAUUAACGCAAAACGAUCCGAAUAUGUUAAUCAAAUUGACGACAUGGAUUCAGGAUUUCUUAGUUCAUCGUUUUAUUCGACGCCUAGAAGUUAUUACAAUAACGAUUUAAGUUUUAAGUCUCACAACGUUCAAAUUGCUCAACCUCUUUAUGCCAAUGCACCUCCGAAACCACGACGUGUAACCGAUUGCCUAGAAGAACAUCCACAAAUUGCUCAACCUCAGUAUAAACAUUUGCCGCUAGUCCAAAAUCUCAAUAGAUCCCAAUUAAACAAUAAUUCUGAACGGCGUACGCCUGAUACGUACGGACGACACGACGUCGAGUAUUCGAUCCCAAGCGAAUACGAAGAAGUAAUUGAUGAGUACACACCGAACUCGGUCAAGUACAGAGAGAAAAAAUAUUCUUAUCGGCCUCAUAGUGCUGAUUUUUUAGAGUAUGACGCCAAGCGGGCUUAUCAAACUCCAACCCCUAGUACCACUUCAUACAAAUCGCCAGAAUAUUAUAAUACGAGUAAACAAAAUAAACGACCAAAGUCUAGUUUAGAUUUCAUCGAUAAUUCGGAUAGUUACUGGUCGGAGAAUGCGUAUGCGGAGAAAAUGAGACAAGCGUCACAGAGUUUGAACAAAGAGACAAAUUUGAACCGGACGUCUGCUCUGUCGCUCAGACAAUUGGGGAUUUACCUGAACGACAUCAAAGCAGAACCGGUAGAGGUGUCUUCAGCCCAAACGAAAAAUCAUCGAAACUAUAUCAAAGAGCAAGAGAAACGGUGGAGCGAGUAUGUGAACUCAUUUAAUAGAUCGGCCAGUGCCAGAGCACCCCGUAAUGCUGAACGACGCAAUUAUGAACAAAACGAGCACAAAAGAAGCACUAGCUUACAACGAAGAAACAGUAUUGAUUCCAGAGACAAAGAAAGAAAGUCGCAACAGAGAGAGGAAUCGAUGAAACGUCUUUUAGAUUGGAAACAGCGCAUGUUGCAAUCGACAUUGACUAGAAAAUCGUCCGGUUCGUCUAACCGUGGUUCUGCACAAAACGAGCUUUCUAAGUAUUAUAAAAAAAUCACUGACAACCGUUUGUCUGUGAAAAACGAAGAGAAAAACCAUUCAAAUAAUAUAGCUAAUACGUACUAUAAUAAUACCAAGUACAACAAUGACAACUUGGACUACAUGAAAAACGAUUUGCCAGUCGAAAAUGGUUACGAUUUUUCCGAUGACGAAGAAGCGAAAGAGAGAGAAACCCAAGCAGAAAAUUCCACCACGUCGACUACCAAAAGUUUUCAUGAAAUCACACCCGAUUCAAAGUACACCAACACUAUUAACUUCUACACGAAACCAGCAGUUAAACAACAACAACAUCUCUCCGACGAAACAGCUAGCUCGACAAAUUCAUAUUUUAAGGACGACACUCUAGUGGUUGAUAGUCGACAUUCCGAUAGUGGUUACGAUACAUUGCAAAUGGGCAGUAGUGUUCUUUCAUCCAAAGAUCCCGACAUUGAUCGAUUAUUAAAAUUUGAUUUUGGCAAAAAGAACGGCAUAAGAAAUCUCAUUCAAAAUUUCGAAUCGAAAGAAAUGAAAGAGCCACUCCAAUCGUCUUCUUAUCGUACAAACGAAGCUCAAAUAUCGUCAUUAAAAAAGGAGGAUGUUAGGUACUCGACCGCUCAGAACCCGCAGUCUGUAAGGGACUUGUUGGCCAAUUUUGAGAAGAAAAAAGAACGCUGUGUAUUCAGUGACACAGAAACGCUUUUAUAUGAAACUUCUAGUGACACAGAACCUUCUAUUCCUCGACUGAAGCAUAACGAAGUUCUUUCUACUGAUGAAGACGAUCCGGAAGUGGCGGAUGUCUUAGGCCAAAAGGCUGAUCCUAAUGACGAGCAAUAUUAUUUGCCAAUGACUCCAUCAAAAAAAUCCGUUUUGGAAGAGGAAAUAUCAAAAUCUAAGUUAGUAAUGAUCAAUAAUGAAGACCAAGAAAAUUAUGUUGAAAUGACUCAAAACGCUAAACCCAUAUUAGCUCCAUCGCCAAAAUUUGAUAAAAAAUCUCAUUACGAGUACAUUGCUUAUAAAACGAAUUCAAACUACGAGCCUGUAUACACAGAAGUAAAAGCAAAAAUUCUACCAGACAUUUUGAAAUCGUCUACAAAUGUGAAUAAUAGUUCAAUCAAAUCAGAUAGUUCUGAUGCUGAUGAUGAAGCAUCGAAAGAUUUAGAUUCGCUUGAUACACCUUGCCAUCCUAGGUUCAGUCUGUCAGACACGUUUAGACCAGCUUCGUAUUAUCUGGGGGCUGCGAAUAACGAAGAUACUCACGAUUCUUCAGAUAGCGAUUUGGUUUCUCCGCCACCGAUGAAUUUCGAUAAAGAUAACGAACUUAAAUCGAUUAGGAAAAAAAUGGAAUCGCUAAUACAAUCGGCUUCGGAGUCAGAUUCAGACUCGAGUAAAAAAGAAAAACAGCCGAUUUUUAGCGGUGAUUUAGAUUCGAUAGGUAGCAGAAACGGCAUGUAUAAUAUUGACAUCAAUUUAGAUGAUUAUCUGGACAAACAGAAUAUCGAGGAAUGCGAUAGGUUCUAUGAAAACUAUUGCAAGAGCUUAGAAACCAGAAGGUUAGAAGGCACCGAACCUCCACUCGGUGCUCCUUAUUACUACUCGGAUAUAUCCAACGGGAAUCUGAGAUCGUUAACCCCGGAACCUCAGGGAGCGGAAGGGUUUAGUAUGCGUCAAAGAAGUCGUUCACUCGAAGGAGUACUGGACGAGAGCAGCGUAUACUGUAAUUUGGAACCGAGGAAGUGCACAUCGCCCAAAGAAGCGAUUUCAAGACUAUUGCGGACAGCAGAGAUGAAGUCCCCUAGGACAACGGACUUGACAAUCGUAAACCUACCUUUGAGAUCGAGGUCGUUGGACAACUUAGACGCCGAACCGGAGAAAAAAUCUGGCCGUCAGAGUGCCGAUAUACUGAACGACAAGAAGAAUGAGGCCAUGUACGUGAACGAAGCAGCGUUUGACCGACACAAAGAGUAUAAAGACGAUUAUCGGUCAGUAAAAAAAGGCAGGUGCAAGAGCGGUUCCCAGUCUUUUUUAGAGGAAGGCCUUUACCCGAUGACCCGGCCACCGUCAAUGGAGCAACUGGACAGGGAGAAACUAAGACAGUGGGAUCUUAUGUCCACUGUCCCUGCCGUGAUGCUGGGUGCAACGCGCGCGUACAGUCGUACUUCCGAGAAACAAGCGACGUUAACGCCUGCCGAAUUAAACACCAGGCCGCCAUCGCUAAGUCGCCAUUCGGACGAAACACCAACAAGCUCUCCAGUGUCCGGAUGCGGAUCAGCGAUUGGACAAGGUCCAGUUCAUCGAGAAUACCAAGAAAUUAAUAAAAUUAUCAAUGAGACGAUGGGAAGCAAAAAUAUUUACUCAAGCAACAGAAACAUAAGGAAUAGUCAAUGGAACUUAACAGUUUCUGCCGGUGAGCUCCUAGGUCAAACCCACGAAGAAUUAGUUUUAUUAUUAAUUCAAUUAAGAAGGCAGAGAGUUUCUAUUUGUAAAGCUAUGGAAAUGUGUCACGACGAUAUCGAAGCACAGACUAGAUUGAUUGAGCUUGACACUCCAACUAAAAUGGAAAAUCUGCAAAGACUAGAUGAUCUGAAAAAUCAUUUAUUGGACCUCGAAAAACAGUACGAAAAAGGUAAGCCAUUAGUGAACCUUGUCGAUAAUAUGGUGAAAUUGGGUUCGUUGUACCAAGCUGGAUCUGCGCUUGAAAAUCCUUAUGGUCUCUCUACACCCACUAUAUUGAAAGAACGUCUCGAGUUCAAUGAUAAAGUUCAAGAAAAACGUCUAUUAGAAGAAGAAAGUAAAGAAUGGCUGAGAAUAAAACCGAAUAUCAAUGAUUUGCAAGAGAAAGUUGACAGAUUAUACGACCUUGAUCAAUUAAUGCAAGAAGAAUCUGGAAACUUGCAGCACUUGAGACAAGAUAAAGAGUUACUAGAAAAAGCACUAGGCGGUCUUAGGCAUAAAAUGCAAGGAACACAUAACCCAGCCGACGAGGAACGAUACAGAAGACAGCAACACGUGUUGGAACGAGAAUUAAGUGCAGUGAGAUCGGUUUUAGCCAAUAACUCGAAAAAAUUGGAAGAGACCGUAGCAGCUAACGCAAGGUUAGAAUCCGAACUGGUAGUUUUGCGUCAAAAAUUGCAAUCGUCCAGAAGAAUACACGACACAGGCGCCGGAGGACCUACGGUAGCUGCGUUGGAGGCUGAACUUAGAAGAGUACAAUUGUUGGUUGGAGAUUUGCAGCGGCAAAGAGAAAACCUCAGUGUACAGGUGCGCCAACUGACGGAAAAAUCGAAUACGCUAACGAUGCAGAUGAACAGCGGCGAAAGUGAAAUAAAAGGCAAAAAAAGACCAGCUAACGAUUCAUGGGUGGAAACCGAUCUUGAUGACUCUAUGCAAGAGGACAAUAUAAAAUUUUACACCCCAAGAGAAAAGCCGCAAGAAAUCAAGACUGUCAGAAUUGUCAAACGGGAAUCCGAGAGACGCCAGAGAGAUAAGUGUAGUGGUAAUAUUGGUCUUCCAUUAACGAGCGUCACUGUCAAAUGCGUACCCGUCAUUGAAGAAGCAGAUUAUCGAGCCGACGAAAACUAUGCGAAAAAGUUAUCAGCUCAAGAACAGUUAUUUGGUCCCAUGACGAAUAAUAACUCUUACAGCAUGUACUCGAAUUUGAACUUUGAAGAUAUAUCAGCUAUACUUCCAAACGAUGACGCGCCAUUAUCCCCAGUGUAUCAAAGCGAAGCUGCUCGGCAAAUUGUCGAAGAACUUUCGAAAAAGGACAGAAAUGAAAACAUUAAGACGUGUAUUAAUGAACAAUUAACUAAAAGAUUAAUACCCCGAGAAAAACGUAGACAUCACACAGUUACCAGUGUUCGACCACUUCCCAUCGCUGAUACCUAUAACAGAGAUGGUUGGAGAUCGCGAGAUGAUGUAGAUAUGGAACGAGCUUUGCGACCUGGUGCUCCGGAUGUGGUCCGUUCUACUAUGAAUAAGACUGAACCAACACGGUUUAAUGCUGAGACUAUAGACAGUAUAAUAGGCACACCAGGGAAAAUAUGCAUACCAGAACGGUACAUACCAGAAUCAGCUCCGGUAUCACCAGAUGAACGUAAAAAAAGAAUGCACAAAGCUGAAGCCAUUAGAAAAAUGUUAUCAGAAUCCACGCCUAUUCUUAGUUCAGAAGGCGAGAUCGAUGAGCAUACAGUCUUUGGGAGAAAGAAGAUGAUGGAAGAAAAAAAACAAAGAGACCACUUAUUGCAGUUGAAUCAAAUAUUAGCACAACAAGUCAUGGAAAAAAGUAAAGCAGUUGCCUUGAACGCUAUGGCUCAGAAGACUAGAAGCGAAAGGUGUCUCAAUGACAGCGAAGACAGAGAGUUAUCUCCUGAAGAGCCUCUUCCGCUGUAUCAGCAGAGAGAAAACUAUUACUCAUAAGUCCAAAUUGGUUGUGUACCUGGAAUUGUAGGUUGUAAAAUGUAAGAAAUUCUAUAUUGAACUGUUAAAAGAGUAUUUUAGAAAUGUUUUAAUUUCUGUUGUAUAGUUUUAAUAGAUUGAUGAUUGAUUGUGAUCUAUAUAUUAUUAUACAAAUAUUUUUAACUUAUAAUUAGUUAAUUUAUUGUAAAAUUACUAUUUUUCUAAAUAGACGACUUCAGUUUAAUUAAAUGUGUUUUCAACAAUUAUAAACAAAUGUAUACUGAGAAUAUUAGUUUUUAU